GCAUAUCCUGACAGACGCAGCGUUUUCAGAAAGGGUAGCAUUCUACGUUGAGUACGGGUGCGUACGAAGACGCUUUGGGAUAAUCAUGGCUGACGAACAUAAAAUCGAUGCAUUAGCAACGCCGCACUCGCUCCAAGACGGACUUCCGGCACAAGCUAAAACUCCAAGUCUCCCAGCAAUCGGCCAGAGAUUGGACGAAGGGGUUGCCCUCAAAUCGUGGCACAGUGUUAAAGAAGAGUUUUACCCCGUAACCGUGGAGAACGGCGUUUGCGUCAUCGCUUACUACACGAAAUAUCCAGACGGCCCCAAGAGAGGUGAAAGCAUGCCAGACAUCUUGGAUCACGUGAAGAAACUCAAUGACGUUUGGAGCAAGAGAGGCUUCCUGGUUCAGACCUACACGGAUUUGUCCGAGCAAGAGCUGUACGAUAAAAUGGCAAAUGUGGCAUCAAUGGAAAUACUGAAAAAAAGCGAUGCCAGCUUCGUGUGCAUUCUUCUGCCCUGCGGCAGGGGAGGCCAACUGUUCGCCAGUGAUGGGCCCCUGCAACUGCACAGGCUGGCCGAACCCUUUACGGGAAGAGCUUGUGACACACUCGUCGGAAAACCAAAACUCUUUUUCAUCGACGCUUUUGGUGGCGAACCAAUCGGCCACACGGUGGAUGGUAUCAAAGAAGGGGAGGGUGAGUGCUCAAGAAUUCCAGAGCUUGCAGACUUCUUCUUCGCGUUUUCCACGCCCCCAGGAUACUACGACCGAGGUCUCGAAAGGAGGGGCUACUUCAUUGAGGAGCUGUGUGACAUCUUGGCAUGUGACAACACCGAAGUGGAGCUGUCCACACUCAUGGAAAUGGUGACGGAGAGAGUGGUCAACGAUAUCGAAUACUCCUUGGAGUGCCAUGUGCCCAGCUACAUGUCGACGCUUACCAAGGGGCUGAAAUUCCGCAGCAUUGACAAUAAGACAGCUGACAACGAAGGCGCAUCGGGGCUUGCUGGCAUCAAUACCCUAGAAAGUUAAAACGUUCCCUGAGAUUUCGAUCUAGGCUCAUGAUAAGAAUGAAAACUCUCUUAAAAAUUGGUGUUCUUGAUUGUUUGUACCGCUAGACAGGCUCAAUCGCUCAACUUAUUGAAUGAACGAACUAUUAUUUUUUAUUUAACGGUGGCUUUUACUCCUAAUUAGGGGAACGGGGAAGGGGAGGGGUGGGAUGGGAGGCAAAUAUAGAUUUUUGCAGGGUUUAAAUUCAAAUAAAGCUAUUUUUGAAAAAAAAAA